GCGCACUUCCGGUCUUUGUGGCUCGCCGCUCCGAGUCGGCGGCUUGCGCCCUGGCCGCUGCUGGGCUUCGCGGAAAGAAGAGAUUACUCAAAGGAACUCUGAAAUACUGUACCCAGUUGUAGUGAGCUUUUUGCUCCACUGUUUAGGCCAGAAUGGCUGUGGAAUCCAGAGCAGUUUCAACCUUGGUACCUCAGAGUCCUCAGGAUCAAGAACUAAUACUAGUGAAAGUAGAAGAAAGCCUUUCCUGGGGUCAGAAAUGUAAGCAGAGUGGGAGCAUCAGAUCCUGCCAAGAAUUGUUCCGCCAGCAGUUCAGAAAGUUUUGCUACCAGGAGACACCUGGGCCCCGGGAAGCUCUGGGCCGACUCCAGGAGCUUUGCCAUCAGUGGCUCAUGCCAGAGUUGCACACCAAGGAGCAGAUCCUGGAGCUGCUGGUGCUAGAGCAGUUUCUGAGCAUCCUGCCUGAGGAGCUGCAGAUUUGGGUUCAGCAACAUAGUCCAAAAAGCGGCGAGGAAGCUGUGACCCUGUUGGAGGAUUUGGAGAGGGAAUUUGAUGAUCCAGCGCAGCAGCAGGGACCAGCAGUACCAUGGAAGGAUUUGACAGGUCUUGGAACAUCCCAAGAGUUAACAAACAUCCAACUCCAGCCUUUAAAGACCCAGCUGAAACCCUGGGAACCUUGCCUUUCCCCCCAAAAUGAUUGUGAGAACGGUGAAUCAGUGACCAAGAAGGACAUUUCAGGAGAAAAAUCACAAGGACGUCCCCACGAACCUUCAUCUGGAGGAGUUAGUGAACACAACAGCGAUUUAGAGUGGCAACAAGAAAGUGCUAUGGGGGAGAAAUUAAGAAGAUACCCUUCCCAAGAGGGCAGUUUUAGUCAAGUAAUCUUCACACACAAAUCUCUGGGAAAAAGAGACCAUCAUGAGCCUCAAAGCAGCUUGAUUCUAAGUACAAACUCUAUAACUUAUCAGAAAGUUCCUACAGAAGAGAGACCUUAUAGAUGUGAUGUAUGUGGGCACAGCUUCAAACAGCAUUCCUCUCUAACACAACAUCAGAGAAUCCAUACUGGAGAAAAGCCCUAUAAGUGUAACCAAUGUGGGAAGGCUUUUAGUUUGAGGUCCUACCUUAUCAUUCAUCAGAGAAUUCACAGUGGUGAGAAAGCAUAUGAAUGUAGUGAAUGUGGGAAAGCCUUCAAUCAGAGCUCAGCCCUCAUUAGACAUCGCAAAAUUCAUACUGGGGAGAAAGCUUGUAAGUGUAAUGAAUGUGGCAAAGCAUUCAGUCAAAGUUCGUAUCUCAUUAUACAUCAAAGAAUUCACACUGGUGAGAAACCCUAUGAGUGUAAUGAGUGUGGGAAAACCUUUAGCCAAAGCUCAAAGCUUAUUAGACACCAGCGAAUUCAUACAGGAGAGAGACCUUAUGAAUGUAAUGAAUGUGGAAAAGCUUUCAGGCAGAGUUCAGAGCUGAUAACCCAUCAGAGAAUACAUAGUGGAGAGAAACCCUAUGAAUGUAAUGAGUGUGGAAAAGCUUUCAGUUUAAGCUCAAACCUCAUCAGACAUCAGAGAAUUCAUAGCGGAGAGGAACCUUAUCAGUGUAAUGAAUGUGGCAAAACCUUCAAAAGGAGCUCAGCCCUUGUUCAGCAUCAGAGAAUCCAUUCUGGGGAUGAAGCUUACAUAUGUAACGAAUGUGGGAAGGCUUUCAGGCACAGAUCAGUCCUCAUGCGCCACCAGAGGGUCCAUACUGUAAAAUAA